UGUUUUGUAAACAGAAAUCGUUAGUGAUUCAAUUUUAUUACAUAAAUGUUAAAUUCUCUGUUUUUUAAUAUUGGUUACUUUGCAUAAUUAAUAUAUCUUCACUGGCCACCUUAAUGUUUAUCGCCUUUACACUAAUUUGAUUUCUUCGCAAAGUCUAAUGAGCAUCUUUGCUGCAUUGAAAAAAAAUCUUGAAGAUAAAGUUUCUUAUCAACAACAAGAAGUGAAAGAAAAUGAAAUAAACCAGGAAACAUUGAAGUUGUAUUUAGAUUGGAGUAAAGAGGAGAAAUUUUCUAAAGGCAUACCCAGGUUCUAUUACAAGGUUCCUAAUGAAGAUAAUAGUUUACAGCAAAAACUAAGAGAUGAAGCAAGGGCAGUUUUUAUUGAAAGAAAAAAUAAAGAAUUGUUGGAUAAUGAAGAUUUAAAGGAAUUAUGGAUGCUUCUAGAGCAAAAUCUUUCUCCACCUUUCACUACUGGAGAUCACAUGAUCAAUUAUGCUGACUUCAAAAAAGUGAAAAAUAAGUGCCAUGAUAAGUUUAAAUCAUAUUUUACUGCAAAGAAUUUCUGUAAGCUUUUACAGAAUGAUAAAAGUGGGCGAGUUUCAAUUCGUCAUUUUUUCAAUUAUGUAAUGAGAAAAGUAUGGCUCCAUCAGACGAGAAUCGGUUUGUCAUUUUAUGAUGUAGCUGGCCAAGGUUAUCUAAGAGAAAUGGACCUUGAAAAUUAUAUUUUGGAGUUAAUCCCUACUUUACCUCAGCUGGAUGGAUUAGAAACAUCCUUUCACUCAUUUUAUGUCUGCACAGCAGUUAGAAAGUUUUUCUUUUUCUUGGAUCCAUUGAGAACAAAUAAAGUAAAGAUCCAAGAUAUCUUGGCCUGCAGUUUCUUGGAUGAUUUAUUGGAGUUACGAGACGAAACACUUCCUAAAGACGUUCAAGAGGCUAAUUGGUUUUCUGCUCCAUCUGCUCUGCGUGUGUAUGGUCAGUACCUUAAUCUAGACACAGAUCACAAUGGCAUGUUAAGCAAGGAAGAAUUAGCUAGGUAUGGGACUGGAACUUUGACACCAAUUUUUAUUGAAAGGGUGUUCCAAGAGUGUCUAACCUACGACAGAGAGAUGGACUAUAAAACCUACUUAGAUUUUGUUUUGGCUUUAGAAAAUAGAAAGGAACCUCAGGCAUUACAGUAUUUUUUCAGACUCUUAGAUAUUGAACAGAAGAACUACCUCAGUGUGUUUGAUUUUAACUAUUUCUUUAGGGCUAUCCAAGAGCAAAUGAGAGCUCACGGUCAAGAACCCGUCCUUUUUGAAGAUGUUAAAGAUGAAAUAUUUGAUAUGAUCAAGCCAGCUGAUCCACUUAAAGUCACUUUACAAGAUCUGAUUUUAAGUGGUCAAGGUGAUACAGUUGUGAGUAUUUUAAUUGACUUGAAUGGGUUCUGGACUUAUGAAAAUCGGGAAGUUUUAGUUGCAGAGAGUAAUGAUGAAGCAGAUGUUUGACAUCAACUUUUGUAUAGAUUUAAUGCUCAUGUUUCAUACAGAUGCACAUGCACAAUGUUUUUACUUUAACACCUUUUUUUUAAUUGAUUGCAAAAUAAGUCAUUGGAAAAUCGAAACCACAUUUGUUUUUUGACGAAGCACACUAGUGAUGUUGAAAAUAUUUACAUUAAUGGGAACGUUCGUCUUCUGUUUAUUGUUUCCUUCUGGGUUGGCUUGAUUUAAAUCAUUUGAUUUUUUUAAAAAAGACCUUUAAAUUAACUGAUUUUUUUUUAA